UCAUUCGAGAUGAGACUCACCCUCUUGUUGUGCUCGUCUUCGGUGUUCAUUUGCAUCGUUGUUGAGUCACUGAAGGUCAUAGUGACGAACAUCGGCAUCUCGGGCAGUCAGAACCUGAUCAUGUAUCGGACGGCAGACCUGAUCGCGGCUAGAGGACAUGACGUAACCGUAAUCCAAGGAGACAUUCUGGAAUGGACGAAGAAGCCGCCCCUUCGCUUCGCCAAAGAAUGGAGGUACAAUGUGACUCACGACUCGCUGAAGGCCGAUGUAGCCGUUGUUCACAUGAUUGACAUGUGUUGGAUGGGAAUCGUCGAACACCUGGGCAUCAGACACAGAAUAUGGAUGAGUACCGGAUUUUUGAUUGAUCCAAUCGCGUGGUACUCACAGACGCCCACUCCCACUAGUUAUGUCGCCAGUUGUCGAAACGCUAAUUUCGACCACAAUCUGUUCCACCACAGAAUAAAAAACUCUGUUAUAACGCCGGUGAUGAAAUUUUUGGAUGCGUUCAAACGCCUUCAGCAACGAGUGAUCUGGAGACUUGAUGGCGAGUUCAAACCUGCCGAAAAAGUGCCGAAUAUUUUUGUGAAAAAAUGGAUACCUCAAAAAGAAUUAUUAGCUCACCCAAAAGUAAAGGCUUUCAUAAGCCAUGGCGGUUACAACAGCUUUACUGAAGCUACGUACGCCGGUGUGCCCAUCGUCGUGAUUCCUCUAAUUGGUGACCAGUUUCGAAAUGCGAGGCGAGUGACCGACAUGGGCAUCGGAAUCAGCAUCGACAUCGAAUCGGCAUCUGGCGAAGAAAUAUUCACUGCCAUCCAUAGUGUCGUGAACAAUCGAACAAUCCAAACCAGGGCGAAGAAACUGAAAGCAUAUAUCAGAGAUCGGCUCGUAACGCAGAUCGAUACAGCGCUGUACGCAGUUUCCAAAACAGUAGUUUUCAGCCAGAUGAAGCAUUCGCAGCUGUACUCUUCAGCCCUGAACUUUGUCCCGUACUUUCAGCUCGAUGUUAUUGCCACUUUUGCUUUGUUUCAUUCGGUCCUUCUGUACCUUUGUAUAUGAAU